CCGUCAGAAACAUAUAAGCAGGAUGGCAAGAUCGGACUUUGUAAACGUGACAACCUAUGCGCAUACCAUCUACCGCUCGCACCGACCUGUACGCCUAACAACAUGACCGUCGAGAUGUCGGAACGUGCACAAUCCUUGCUCACCGAGCUCAUGAACGUCGGCAUCAUCCGGGAUAUGGUCUUCGCCCACGUCAAGGACAAGAAACAACUCAAGGAACUCGCUGCGCUCAGCAAGACUUAUAUGCCUUCGGUCGUCAAGUCGUUAUGGUUGAAUGCCAGAGAGGAGAACUUCGUCGGAUUGAGGAAAAUGUGCGCUUCCGAGCGCCUUGAACUGUAUCAGAACUCGAUCGAGAGCCUGACGGCCGUCCAGCAGAAGGAUCUCCGCCGCGUCAUGAGGCUCAAAGCGAUAUUCCCAAAUUUGCGCAUCGUGAAGACUUCUUGCAAUGGCAGCGAUGCCACGAUCCUAUUUGGCAAGGGAUCCUCUAAGCCACGGCUUUGCCUUAAGCUUAAGGCGGGAGAAUAUCUGAACAACGAGAAUUAUGGUUUGUGGCCAGUAGAGUCGGCCACCUACCGGCUCAUAAAACUGCGGACCGAGAAAGGUCGAGGUUGGGUUGAAGAUUGGUACGGAUACACUGUUGAUCCUGACGAGGAUUACGGAAGGGAAUACCUUGUCAACUUUGACGAUUUGAAAGUUGAUGGGGACGCAUUUUUCCGAUCCCUUUUCAAGGACGUCGUGGAGCUUUCUUUGCUCUACUCCGUGACCAAAUUCUCACACUUUCGAGCCAUCAUCGAUGUCGCCUCUCGAUUGGAGACAUUGAUUGUCAUCGUUGCUGCAGGACCAAAGCAGUCACGCGAAGAGACAAAGCAGCCGUUCGAGGACACUAUGGUCAAACUCGGGCAUCUCGAGCACCUGAAACAUAUUCAGCUCUUCGUCACGGAUGCACAACUGGCAUGCUUGCCUCCUCUGCAAACCUUACCUUGGAAGAGUUUGGAAUCCCUCGAAUGCAACGUCUCUCCUGGCAUAGCUCUUCACCAACUAUAUGGAGACUCGGGCGUACCUGGCCAGCUAACGAAGCUGCCUCAACCUCCUCCGAUGGGGACGCUCAAGAAGGUCGUCCUCCACUUAGAAGGAGAGAGCAACGAUCUUCCCAACCCCAUGUGGUUCGUGUAUGCCUUGUUGUCCAUGUGUCCUAUCGACACGAAGAUCAGCUUCGAAGUGGGUGAGCAACAUAGCUUCGAAGAAAGCGGCCUCAAAUGUUGGGACUACCAAUGGGGUUUCGAAACUCUGGCUUUCGCCAAAUGGGUCGAGGAAGCGCUGAAGGCGAUAACCACCGAGAUGGCCGCAACCUCUGAUGCCGCGCACAGCUCCGACUCUGGCUGCAGCUAAAUGAAGGCUUGAUGAGUUGGGGCUCGGCUUUGAUCGUAAUCGUGCUCUAUCGCGACCAGGUUGUCAUUCGCUUAAGCAGGAUACAACGGCCACGGAAUUGCCACUGCGGCCACGUCGGGGAAGACCAGCUGUACCUAUGUUCCGUCUAUAUGUUUUUCGCCAUCUUCGCGCCAAGAGCCCCGUCUUCUAGCAAGAUCUUGGCUUCUUCCACCUUUCGCUUGAGUUCGGGGUCAACCAUUUUGCUAUCGCCAACUGUAGACAUGUCAAAGCAUUCUCUUCAGCCGCAGUGACUGGUACAGCUGUCA